CCCCAUUUUGAUGACCGCCUCUCCCCCGGGGUAUUUGCUCGGGGGAUGCGCACUGCCGCCCACCCCGCCCACAUCUUUCACGCCCCCUCCCAUUGGCCCGUCUUCCCAGGGUUCAGAGUGCCGCCCGCCAGCCCCGCCACGCCUGAAAGUAUUGAGUCCAUCCUAGCAGAGUUCCGAAGCAUUGGUCCUGACACGCCCUGCCCUCUACCGCGUGAACUACCUGUCAUGGCGCCCCUCUCCCCGCCCGCCGCACACCACACCUACAGAGGUCAGAGGUCACACCGGAGGGCGCCGCGCUGUAAAUUUUGCCUCCAGAAUGGCGAAGAGGACAUUUUUCAUCUGUUCAAGGACGAGGCAGGAGGCGUGGUGUGUCCAGUGCUCUCUGCCUACACGUGCAAGUUGUGUGGGGCUGCCGGGACUCAAGCACACACUCUCAAGUAUUGCCCUCUCAACAGGCUGACCCAAGGUGACCCGGUGGCAGCUGGCAUGGCCCCGGGACUCAUGCCUUCGUUCAUCACCCUGGACCACCUCAGAAUGUAAUUAUUAGAGCGUUUUAUGUGCAUUUUUGUGGUUUUGUGGGUUUUGUUGCAGUU